AUGGCAACCUCUUCGACCAAGGUCGUAGAACUUGGCUUUGCCGAGCCACCAGAAAAUCCCCUCACUGCAGAUAGUUUUCCGAAUAAGAUUGGGGGAAAACCGGCAUGGCUGAAUCCGGCUUAUGUUUUAACAGCUGAAGAUGUUCUUUGUGGUAUUUGUAAAAAGCCCAUGGUACUUUUGGUUCAGCUAUACACUCCUGAAGAUUACCCGCCUGAAGCCUUUCAUCGCUCGAUAUACGUUUUUUGCUGUAAAAAUGGGGCAUGUCACAAAACUUCAUGGCGUAAAAGUUUAAAAGUAUUUCGAAGUCAAUUACCAAAAUAUAAUCCUUAUUGGCCACCACCAAACGAAGAGUCUAAUGAUGACGACUUAAAUGAACAUGCUAAUCGUCCAUCGGAAAAAUUUACUACUGUCGAUUAUUGUGUAGUUUGUGGUCUUCGCGGUUCCAAAAAAUGCGGGAAAUGUAAUAAAACAUAUUAUUGUUCAAAAGAACAUCAAAUUGACCAUUGGACAUCCGGGCAACAUAAAAUCCAUUGUAAUACAACUACACCUUCAUUAGAUGAUGAUAAUCUAUGUAGCAAAUUGGUUUUGUUUCCGGAAUUUGAAGUUAUUACAGAACCUGAGGGGAAUUUGUUCAAAGAUGGUGAAAAUGGUGAAAUUGAUGACAGUUUAUCAAAUAGUGGAAAUUCUAGGGCUCUUGUUCCUGUUGGCGAUGAAAUUUAUGAAAAUACUCAAGUCAAUGUAGAUAAAGCCUUUCUAAAAUUUCAAAAAAAAAUUGAACCUUUUCCUGAUCAGGUAUUAAGGUAUGCACGACUAGAUUAUGAAUGUGAAAAAAACGCGACUCCGCUAUGGGUAAGUGACAUUGGUAAACCGAUGCCUGAAGACAUACCUUCAUGUUCGCAUUGUGGUCAAGAACGAACUUUCGAAUUUCAGAUAUUAUCUACACUUUUAAAUUAUCUUCAAGUAGAUCAUAUGCAAAAGGAUUCACUUGAUUGGGGUUCAUUACUUGUAUAUAGUUGUAAAAAUAAUUGUCAUGUAAGUGAUAAGUAUUAUGUUGAAGAAAUUUUGUGGCGACAGGAUUUUAGUGAUGAGGGUGUAAAUUGGU